UAUUUUUCUCCAUGAUAAAGAAUAUUUUGAUAUUGCAGACGGCGGUGAUGACCCUGUGACAUUGGCGUGUGGGACAUCCGUAGGGGAAGGAAAAGUAGCUGCCGGAGAUCUCCCCGAUUGUCCCAACAAAACAGUACCCGUUGACAAUAGCACUAUCACGAAAACUAUAUCUGAACCUACAGCAGACUCAUCAGGAACAGAAUCAUCAGUAUCACAGGACGAAUCCAAUCUUUUAGGAAUCAUUAUUGGUGUAAUAGCUGGUGUUCUACUGAUGGCUUUCGUCGGGGCUCUCUUCUUCAGGAAACAAAUAAAGGACCUGUAUAUCAAAAAAUGCAAAAAUGGAAUACAGCCAGAUACUGAAAAGGACCCGUCUGAAUUGGAGGCAGAAACUUUAGAUGAAAACUAUCUGUUUGGCCCAUUUCGGGAAAUGGUUUUACCCCAAGUGGCUCCUGUGUCGGCACUCAUGCAGAAUCGCCUACCAUCUGUAAGCGGAAAGCAUAACCUGCCUCCAAUUAUUAAAACGUCUCUAAUUAAAGGUAAUAGAAUAGAGUCAGAAAUACAUAAGGAAAAGAAAACUGACAACGAAAAACGUAAGAAAAAGAAACGCAAAAAGAACAAAAAGAAGAAAAUUUUCGAUGACGUAACAAAGAUUGACGAUUCGAGUUCGUCUAUCAAGCCCACAUCUACAACGGUAAAUGAAACCGUGGUAUCGUAAAACCUUGAUCUGUAUGGUGUUGCAAUGGUACACUCUAAAAAUAAGGAAAUUGUCUUUGAUACACUUAUAAUGAUUUCUUAUACUGUAAACGUGCAUGUCUUUAUAAGUUGGUAUUGCGCUAAAAUUUGUGUGCGACAAAAUAAAUAGUGUACGGUAAUGCUUUUUCAUAGAGUGGCCAUAUUAGUAAUAUUUCACAAACGGAGUCACAAUGUCAUGUUAAAUACAAUGUUACUAUUGAUCAUAUGAAGAGAUAUGUUGAUAUAAAUAUGGUGUGUUUCAUGUUACGGUCUUCAACCAUCCCCACCCCCUCCCCCCAACCCGGGAUCCACUUCUAAGUAACCGCAUUGCCCACGCCCCCUCCCCCACCACUCCCUUGAAUUCUAUGUUACCUUUGUCAGUAAAUAUUGAUGCUGUCUGACAUUUGGUUUUAAUAAAAAUGUAUAUGGUAUAACCUUUUAUCCAGUGUUUUAUUGAAUAACAUUCACCCAUGUUCACAUUUCAUCCCAAGUUUAGGUUUGUCGUUAAGAUAUUUUUGAGUUAUAAUUCGUCAUGGACGCAUAUAUUUCUUACAAAAUAACAAUAAUGAUAAUGGUAAUCCACAAUAAAUACUUAUAGAUGCCUAAAUCCAAGUGGAAAUAUUAUAAUCAACAUAUAUUUGUAAAUUUUUGUAUUUGAUAUACAUAGUGUUUAUGAUAUGCAUUCAAAAUAUAAACUAGAAUAUUAAUAAUAGGUGCGUUCUAAGUACCAUUGCCGAUAAGGAAGUUUUUCGUCUGACCGAUUUCAUAUCGGAGAUCAUGACUCAAAGGCAUGGUUCCAAAUAUAUAUAAUGUAUAUUUGGCAAUAAGUGUUUCAUCGUUAAGUGUUCAUAAUUUGUUAUAUUGACCGAUCCUUUAUUUAUUGUUUUUCUCUUUGUUAGUGCCAAAACUUUUUUGGUAAUUAAUAAUGCACGUCAGUAAUAGAAGUGUGUAAUUGCAAUAACUGAAUAAAUGUUAAUAAACUUCCUGGUUCGUAUGUAGGUUUAGGUAUAUCAACUUCCUUGAUCGCGAGUAGUUGUGAAAUACUCGAUACUACUAUGUAGUUGGCAAGUACUACAUUGUAAUUAAAAACCGUUUAAUACACACCAUGGUAUGUACACAACCUCCAAAACGGACACGUGGCUUUCAGGCUACCAAGCAAUUAUCUUCCAUCGGUUCAUGAUAUAGGCAUUUUUGCUUUUUAGUAUUUGUCAAAGAUUUAAUAUUGAUCCAUACUCCUUUCAGAAAAAUAUAAUAUAUACACACGAUUUUAUGAUUAUUUUUAGGGCUGACGCAAUGUCGCUUGCUGUAUACUACUUGUUAAUCGAUUGUCAUUUCAGUCCUUGCUACAGUUUGACAUUCUUCAAAAAUGAAGCUUUGAUUUCGGAUCACAUUGUUGUUAAUGUGUCAUUAUAUAUACCGGUAUUCUCCUCCUCUUAUAUGUAGACUAUGUUUACGUUGUAAUCAUUUGUUUAUUAAACCUAAUUUAUUGUU